AUGCGUUUCAGCCCUUUUCUCCUCGUGGCGGCGCCCGCGCUCGCAUGGGCGCAUCUCGAUCACGGGGCUGCGGGCUCUGCGGAUCUGGACCUUCAUGAGCACGAGUCUGUAUAUGAAACCGUCACUAUCAUACCAACGGUGCUUCUUGAUGCACGCGGUGGUACGUAUACCACCAAAACAACCAAGACGACCACCAUCACUUCGUGUUCAUGCACGCUCACGCCGUCUUCCACUAUCACUGUGUCGACGAGCACCUCGACCAGUACGAGCACUAGCAGUACCAUCACCUCGACCUCGACUAGCACAUCCAGCACAUCAACAGCCACGUCCACGUCAACUCCGGUCAUCCCCACCAGCUCGGGAUGCUCAGCUGAGCCGCUGCCAGCCGUAACCUCCUGGUCGACAGCCUAUUCCACCAUCUAUUCCACCAUCACGCAGACCUUGCCCGCUGAGACUCAGACCCAGACUCAAACCCAAACAAUCACAGAGACCUUGCCAGCGCCACCAGCCGUGACCUCGUGGUCAACUUCCUAUUCAACCAUAACCGAUUAUUCCACCAUCACGCAGACCUUGCCCGCCGAAACUCAGACCCAGACUCAAACCCAAACGAUCACAGAGACCUUGCCGGCGCCACCGGCCGUGACCUCUUGGUCAACUUCCUAUUCAACCAUAACCGAUUAUUCCACCAUAACUGAUUAUUCCACGACCACCGAGACUCAGACCCAGACUCAAACCCAAACGAUCACUGAGGUACAAACCUCUACAGAAGUGCAAACUCAGACCCAAACGAUCACUGAGGUACAAACCUCUACAGAAGUGCAAACUCAGACCCAAACGAUCACUGAGGUACAAACCUCUACAGAAGUGCAAACUCAAACCCAAACGAUCACAGAGACCUUGCCAGCGCCACCGGCUGUGACCUCUUGGUCAACGACAACGAUCUCUGAAAAUACCUGCACGGAAAGUUGCUCAUCUGUUCCUACUUCGGUCUCCACCGAGACGAUAUCAGUCACUAUUACAUCCCAAACGAGCUGCUCGGAUGAAACUGAGACAAUCACCAGCACGGAAAGUUGCUCAUCCAUUCCUACUUCAGUCUCCACCGAGACAAUAUCAGUCACAAUUACAUCCCAGACAAGCUGCUCGGAUGAAACUGAGACGAUCACCAGCACUGUCACUCAGCCUGGGCCUACACAGACCACCUGCUUGAGUGAGCCAGGCGUAUCCACGGUUUGGGAGACGUCUUUCUUGACCCUGCCAGCAAGCACUUUGUACUCGACAAUAGAGACCACCAUCCCAGCCAGCACAAUCUAUUCAACAACCCAGAUCACCGAGUCAGGCUCCACGUUCUUUUCUACAAUUUCAAUCACAGUCCCCGCUUCGACCAUCACCAGCAUCCUGGAAGAAACCUUUUACUCGACAGUUACCCUGCCAGCAAGCACUCGCUACUCAACUAUCAAAUACACCAAGUCUGGCUCGACAUUUUACUCCACAAUUUGGUCGACUGUCCCGGCUUCAACUAUUAUUAGCACACUGCCAGCUUCAACAUCAUGGAUAACCAGUGUGUUGCCUCCGGUUACUAUUAGCGGCUCUCCAAUCACGAGCACUAUUAGCGGCUCUCCAAUUACUCUUCCAGGGGAGGUUACUACUUUACCUGCCUCGACAGUCACUCAGUUAACGACCAUACCGGGCUCGACGAUCACUCAAGUGGCCACGCUCCCCGCCGAGACGCAGCUGGCGUCCACGGAGACUUUCACGAGCGUAAUCAGUGGCACUGCAUCAGUCGAGACUUCUCUUCUCACGCAAACGCAGCCGGCAUCCACGGAGAUUCUCACGAGCAUAAUCAGCGGCCCUACAUCAGUCGAGAACUCUAUAUUCACGCAGACGCAGCCGGCGUCUACGGAGACUUUCACGAGCGUAAUCAGUGGCCCUACAUCAGUCGAGACUUCUCUUCUCACGCAAACGCAGCCGGCAUCCACCGAGAUUUUCACAAGCGUAGUCAGUGGCACUGCAUCAGUCGAGACUUCUCUUCUCACGCGAACGCAGCCGGCAUCCACUGAGAUUUUCACAAGCGUAGUCAGCGGUCCUUCGUCAAUCGAGACUCUGGUAAUUACCCAGGUGAUAAGCACGACAGUGGUGAAUGAGAUACCAGGCCCCGGCACAACACUAACCCUUACUUCGACCGGUGUCGAAACCCUCCCCCCAGCAACACAGAUAAUCAUCGGACCCGCAUCAACAGUAACCAUCUCCAUCUGCCCAACCCUAACCACAAACCCAACCUACACGCCUCCCAAGCCCCUACCAAACGACUACACCUGGGGCUGCCGCCCCGGCACCCUCUGCCAACCGCACCACGAAAUCAGACCGCGAGAAUUCUGCGACUUCGAAUCCGGCCUCCCCGCAGAGGACUACGUGUGCCGACCAGACGAGUGUAUCCCGUCCCCGCCGCUAAUCCAAGACCAAUUCUGGGGCGAGCCCGUCAUAGCCGAUCAGGUGGGCACGUACAACAUCUCGCCCAGCUACUUCAACAUCAACCCGGGGCAGUUCGGACUCAAUUACUCCAUUUUCCGGGUUCCGGUAGACUACGCCGGCGUGGAGUUCUCGAAAUCCAAGCGCGAUGUCCUUGCAAACAUAUUCGGGUUUGCGUCUGGAAGUCGGAAACGAAAGCACAAGCGUCAGGAACUCCUGCAGGACGUCCUCUUCAGCGAGGUCUGCUACGACGAGUGCAACGGCGCCGCAUUGGAAGCCGAACGGCGCGGCAAAACGGCUGCGCUCUGUGCGGCCACCUCCGCGUUCAUGGAUAAAGUGGACCAGUGUCAACGGUGUAACAAGCGGUUCCCGCUCGAUAAGAAUGACAAGGAUCCCUUGACUAUCCCGCCGGAUUUGAAUCAGUUCCUUGCGUACUGUGAUGAGUUGCCUCGGGGUAGACCUACGGCUGAGGGGGCUACGGCUACGUCGACGAGCCAGAGCGAGACGAGGACGACGGCGAGGACGUCUGUGGAGUCUGCUUCGACGAGUACGAGUUCGAGUUCGAGUUCGAGUUCGAGCUCGAGCUCGAGCUCGAGUGGUCGGGAUGAUGCGGCGGAUACCUCGGCCAGUGCCGGUGGGGAGUCGACUACGCUGUCUAGCACCUCGGGCCCGUCGGGUACCUCCAGCGGCAACGACGUAACUAGCACCCGGUCUUCGUCCUCGGACUCGUCCUCGGCUUCGGAGUCAGGCACUACUGUAACGGUCACGCAGUCCGUCCCAGGUUCAAGCGAAGACGCCACUUCGACCGCGUCCGGCUCGCAAGGCACAAGCUCGGAGUCGGACGGCGGUGAUGAACAGAAUAACGGCAAUGGCAGCUCAGGCGGUUCUGGCUCCGCCAACGGCUCUCAGACAUCAAGCGGAACAAGUCCAACGGGUGGCAGCGGCUCAGGUUCCAGUUCCGGCUCUGACUCUAGCUCAGGAUCAGGACCAGGAGCCUCCGAGGCGCCUACGCCAGGCUCGACGCCCGGAUCUCCGACCGGGGUCUCGCCGACGGGUUCAAGCUCGCCCUCGGCAUCACCGUCUGCGUUUGCCGGUGCGGCGGCGAGGUUCGCGGUUCCCAUGCACUGGGGCCUCAUCCCCGCUGUUAUUGGGUUUCUUUUGUAA